CGAAGGCACCGCAAGCCAGGGGGCGGGGAGAAGGCGGGGCAUCAUGGCCGCCCCCAGUGUUCUGCCUCCGGGGGCUUGUGGGAGUUUCCUUGACCUGCAGCUCCGCCACCGCGGACCCGCCUUCUGCCCUUUGCAGCAGGCGCUCUGUCCCGCCCGGGCAGCUCUGCGGGGCAGCGGCUGGAGAGGGAACCAUGGGGACUGUGCACGCCCGGAGUCUGGAGCCUCUUCCAUCAAGUGGACCUGAUUUUGGAGGAUUAGGAGAAGAAGCUGAAUUUGUUGAAGUUGAACCUGAAGCUAAACAGGAAAUUCUUGAAAACAAAGAUGUGGUUGUUCAACAUGUUCAUUUUGAUGGACUUGGAAGGACUAAAGAUGAUAUCAUCAUUUGUGAAAUUGGAGAUGUUUUCAAGGCCAAAAACCUAAUUGAGGUGAUGCGGAAAUCUCAUGAAGCCCGUGAAAAAUUACUCCGUCUUGGAAUCUUUAGACAAGUGGAUGUUUUGAUUGACACAUGCCAAGGUGAUGAUGCACUUCCAAAUGGGUUAGACGUUACCUUUGAAGUAACUGAAUUGAGGAGAUUAACGGGCAGUUAUAACACCAUGGUUGGAAACAACGAAGGCAGUAUGGUACUUGGCCUCAAGCUCCCCAAUCUUCUUGGUCGUGCAGAAAAGGUGACCUUUCAGUUUUCCUAUGGAACAAAAGAAACUUCAUAUGGCCUGUCCUUCUUCAAACCACGGCCCGGAAACUUCGAAAGAAAUUUCUCUGUAAACUUAUAUAAAGUUACUGGACAGUUCCCUUGGAGCUCACUGCGGGAGACGGACAGAGGAAUGUCAGCUGAGUACAGUUUUCCCAUAUGGAAGACCAGCCACACUGUCAAGUGGGAAGGCGUGUGGCGAGAACUGGGCUGCCUCUCCAGGACGGCGUCAUUUGCUGUUCGAAAAGAAAGCGGACAUUCACUGAAAUCCUCUCUUUCGCACGCCAUGGUCAUCGAUUCUCGGAAUUCUUCCAUCUUACCAAGAAGAGGUGCUUUGCUGAAAGUUAACCAGGAACUGGCAGGCUACACUGGCGGGGAUGUGAGCUUCAUCAAAGAAGAUUUUGAACUUCAGUUGAACAAGCAACUCAUAUUUGAUUCAGUUUUUUCAGCAUCUCUCUGGGGUGGAAUGUUGGUACCCAUUGGUGAUAAGCCGUCAAGCAUUGCUGAUAGGUUUUACCUCGGGGGACCCACAAGCGUCCGCGGAUUCAGCAUGCACAGCAUCGGGCCACAGAGUGAAGGAGACUACCUAGGUGGAGAAGCGUACUGGGCCGGUGGCCUGCACCUCUACACCCCGUUACCUUUCCGGCCAGGCCAGGGUGGCUUUGGAGAACUUUUCCGAACACACUUCUUUCUCAACGCAGGAAACCUCUGCAACCUCAACUAUGGGGAGGGCCCCAAAGCUCAUAUUCGUAAGCUGGCUGAGUGCAUCCGCUGGUCGUAUGGGGCCGGGAUUGUCCUCAGGCUUGGCAACAUCGCUCGGUUGGAACUAAAUUACUGCAUCCCCAUGGGAGUACAGACAGGCGACAGGAUAUGUGAUGGCGUCCAGUUUGGAGCUGGGAUAAGGUUCCUGUAGCCGACACCCCUACAGGAGAAGCUCUGGGACUGGGGCAGCAGCAAGGCGCCCAUGCCACACACCGUCUCUCGAGGAAACACGGCUCAGCGAUUCUUUGACUGCAGACCCUGUGGGAAACCCUGUCAAUAAAUGUUAAAGACACACUCCGA